GCUUAUCGUUCAUGAUGCAAAGGAAUAGAAACGCUUUUAGAGAUCUGUGGUACUUGGCUUACAGACUUAUGAUCGUCUUUGGUAAGUCAAACCAAUUAUAUCCCCCAUAAGUUUAAAGCAAAACAGUAUCUCUUCAGCAUUUUUUACCGGGAGAUAAACACACGUAAAACUCACAGUCACUACGUUAAAACUGUAAUUUACAUCGUAAAAUUUUAUCGUUAAUUAUAAGUUUAUGAUCAGAGCCCAUCGUCGACACGAGACAUCUCCUUCCCAAUCAAAAGUUUCAUUUCAGUGGAUUAUAAACGAGUUUCUGGCCUGUGAUUUAAAUGAUACGAUUGAUUUUGUAGUUUUACCGCAAGUUAAAAUAUUAUCACUACCAAAGUAAUUUACAGAGUUGUAAGCAUAGUGUGAAGACUAAUCCAAUCUCUUUAACGCGAUUUAAAUUUAUUUCUAUAUCUAUUUAUUUAUUUAUUUUUGUACCGUUUGCUUUUGACGACAAAACGGAUAAAUAUAAACACUGUUUUAUUGAAUUUCAACGUGAAUGAGUUGCGCAAUUACCUCAAAUUACUUCUGGCGGGAAAAUGUGACAUGUAUAGUAACGCAAUGCAAAGGGGUUUUUCCCUUGGCGCUUGAAAACUGAUUUGCAUAUUUUGCUUCGCCUUAAUAAACCUGACCGGCUCCUGGUUUUAAAACUUCCACUAAUAAAAUCUAAAUUGAUAUUUUUCCCCUGUUCUCUUUGAACGUCGAAACAAUUAUCGGCGUUUUACAGGUUUGAAAACUUUUGUACGAUAUCGAAGGAGAUGGGGUUUUUCCUACUCCUUACAACUUAAAAGUUUUAAUAAUAAUAAUAAUAAUAAUUUAUUCAUUUAUAGUGUGCUUUUUAACAUGCUAGGUGGUCAAAAGCACAUUACAACAAUAAAUAACCUAAAAACUAUACAAAUAUUAGAAGUAUACAAAUAUAUUUAAUAUCUAAGAGAUAUUGCCAGAACACCUGGUAAUAUACAAAUCCAUUGUAACAAAAACAGACGUUUUCCCCCCUUUCUAAUGUACCGCAUAGUCCAAAAAAACAUAUUCUAUCGAAUACAUGUAAGCAAAGCCAUAAACAGUCGAAUUACACUUUGAAAAGACACUUAGACUCCUUUUUUUAAGUACGACGCUUUUUGAAGAACUUAAGCAUCCAUUAAAGGCAACAACUGUAAUUUGAAAAGUGUCAAAAAUCAUCAUCAUCAUUACAAUAAUAAUAAUGCACGGCAUUUUGAUGUUCUUCACACUGAUUAACUUUGAAAAUAAAGCAGGUCUUUCUAACAGAAAAUGGUGCAAAAAUACUUGUGGAGAAAUGUUUAUUUGCAUUGUCACAUUAUAGGAUUUUGCCUAAAGUUUGAGAAAGCUAGAGCACAGAGAUGCCAAACCCCCCUCCACCCCCCGCCCACCCUUCCGCUCCGGAAAUUUAGGAUGUUAUGUCAAGUCUGACAUGUAGGAGAUACUAUGAAAAUUCGCCAUCAUUGUUUUGAGGCCAGAAAUAAUCUUUGUCAGUGACUAAAUAGGUGCAAAAUGCCCCAGACACCAUGCUAUGAAUAAGAAAAAUUCAAGUUUUGAGCCAAAAAAUGAGCUAAAUUUCCAACUAAGGCACAGAAAAGCUCAAAAGAUGAUUUUAUAAGGGACAUAAAGCGACCCGUACAGGAGACCGGGAGAUUGGUGUCGUAUCCCGGACACUCCUGGAUAAUCCGGGAGGGUUGGCAUGUAUGAGAGUACAACAUUAUUUGAUUUUACUUCUUUAACCCUACAUGUAGUCCCCAAGUGACCAGCAUCCAUUUUCUCCCAAUAAAUUCAGUACAUAACCAACGGGAAAGGUUACAAGAAUUUUAAAAUACAAAGAUCACCAAAGGGAAAAUGCAAAGAUCUUUUAUCAAAUUCUCUCAACCAAUUCUUUAAGGAAAUGCAUUGAAAUCAGCAGUCUGGAGAAUUUGUAUGUGGAUAUCAGGCUUAAAGGGUUAAUACUGGCCCCAACAGAGACAAAACAAGUUGAAAAAAAUACAGAAAAUCAUUAUAAAUGUGGUAGAAACAUUGUGAGUUAACGAUGUGAUGGUGUUACCAUUUUACAUUAUCCGCAGACAAAAACAACACAUAAUAGCUUUUAGAACCUAUAACACAAGAGAAGCAUGCAUAAUUAACAAAGAUUGUCUGUGGCAAUUGAAUCUGUGUUUAUUAUGCAAGCUGUGUUUUUGCUUUUUAUAUGUCACACAUUAAAACAUGCCUCGGUCUAUAAAAGUUUCAAAAGCAUACCAUACAUACAGUGCAUACCAAACUUUAUUUAACUUUGGAUUUUUGAGUAGCCGAAGGCUAGUAACGCUGAUGAAUUACACAUUAAGGGAAUAUUGAUUGACAAGAUUCAAAGUCCCUCAUAAGAUAAAAGAGCUUUCCAGUACAUGGUAAGCCCAAAUUCAGGAUUCAAGCAGGUCCAUUCAGACACUCAGUGGAGGGGGUGUUGAAACAAAUGAUAGUGAGUUUACACAAUAGGACAGCAGGAAGAAGAGGACAGCACAACACUUGUGUGUGACAAUGUGAGACGGCUAUUACUCUGACAGGGUUCUCAUUAAGUUUGUAGUGAACUAAGGAAGACGUUUGCCGGAAAAAUCAGGCUUUAAUCACCAAAUCUCAUUCCAUGCAACAUGGCGGUAAAACUACAACCACGAGGAUUGCAGGCUCUUAUAUAAGGACAAAUAUCACUACAUAUACACUACACGAAUUAUCACAAAACUAGAAGUUCGAAUGUUCCUAGUUCAAAGCUCAGUUCGCAAUGUCAUUUACCACAAAGUUUUAAAGUAGACAGCUAGGAUUUAAAAGUAGGCGGCUCGCCAAUUGAGUUUAGUAGGCAAUUUCAGGCUUUCACUCUCUCACUAUAUCCUAUUUCUCCAAAAAGAAGACGGCUCAAACCUCCAAGUGGAUGGGUUUUUUAGCUGGAUGAAAAUCCUGAUUGCUUGCGUGUUUUGUCAGCAUCUUCACUCAACACCAAUCUUCUCUGGUCCUUUACAAAAAGAUCUGUUUACAGCGAAAUUCAUUGUAUCACGCUGCGCUUAUUGGAAACUUCGCAGGGAUUUGGGGUUUUUCUGAGUGUUCCGUCAACAUUUUAGUGAAGGCGGGAUUAAUGCAAAUCACAAUGUGAUGUGCUUGGCCAGCUUGGCUGAGAAUGACUCGUAGACUGCUCAAGAAUAGCGAAGGAAAUCGAGAUGGUGGGUGGAUUUUUUGUUGAAGGAAGGAGGCAGACAUUGCUUUAUUUUUGCAAAUGCCAAGAAAUAAAAAAGAUCACAAAAAUCUGCGAAGCAACCUUAACUAGUCGAUUACCGGUAUUGCCUGAAACAGGUGAUAACAAAGCAACAAACCUUGAAACACCAAACAAACAAAACGGAUCAAAAUCCACCAAUCACAAAUCACAAACCAUAACCUUUUGAACUCAUACAAGUAAACAAAAGGCAUGUGUUUCCUAAGAGGUCCGCUAAGAUGAUUGACGGAACCGAAAAACCCAAAGAUCCUUCGAAGUUUGCAAAACGCACAGCGCGCUACAACGAAUUUCGCUAUAAAGGAAAGUGAAGCUUGGCGAAAUGUUCGAGUGUUCCAAACAAAAUUAUUGUCAUGCUUGUCACACACGAUUUGCCCUCUUCUUUCCUCGCCCGUCCUCUUGCGUUAAAGUUCACUACUAUCCCAAUGAGCCAGUUUGCUGGGCAAAGUCCUGUCUGCUGUGAUUGACCAAUUAUAACCUUUGAUAAAAUUACUGGAUUUUUACGCCAUGGGAAUUUUGGGCUUGAUUUUACUGAGCAGUUUAAUAGUUCAACAGUUACUUUUCACUCGAAGCAAUAGCUCCUCCGUCCACAACUGUGCUCAUCUUCGUUUGGGAUCAAAAAAAUUAAAUAUAUAAAUCUGUUUUCAUACCUUCGUGCGCUAUUGAUUCCUGUUGCUUCCUGUUGUUGCUCCCAGACGUGUCACAAUAGCGGACAGCGAGUACAUUUCUUCUGAUGUUAAAGAUCCAUCUGCCUGCUUUCCCUUUGUUAGCGCUCUUUUGCAAGUGUCAUCUCAGAGAUAAAUAUAUUUUCCUUCCAGAACUUGUUCAGUCCAGUCAGUAUUUUUCCCCAUUUUUAAGUGCCCAUGAAACAGAACAAGGUCGAAAACAAACCUUCAAAGAAAGUUGUCCGCCAUUUUUAACUGGUCGUCCAGGUGGACUGGGUCCUAGGUUUAAAUGUAGCAAGUGUUGCAAUAUUGGCUGAUGAGUUGAAAAAAUAGCGCGAAAUGUAAAAAUUACACUAUUUUCGCCCCAAUGAAUGGCCUGAACAACCCAAAACGGAAAAAUAAGAGGAAAAGAGAAAAGUAGAGAGAAAAAUCUUCCUUUGCAGCAGCAGCAGACAGAACUUAUGAUUUAUUCAUUUUUUGCCGCCUUUUGCCCCUUGACUUUAGCUUCCUAAAAUGCAGACUUUGUUGACUUGGUUGAGGUUACCUGACGAGUCAAAGGUAGGGGGGGAGGAGGGUUGGGGCGAAAUAGGUUCUUGUUGUUGCGGAAACAUCAGGUUUGUUCUAGUGUUUGAACUAUGCCUUGACACCUUUUUUUUAUCCUAUCUUUUUAAGGGCUGACACAGAGUGAUGAAAAACAGAAAACUUUCCAUGAAGUAAAACUCGAGCACAACGCAACUCUGCCUUGUCCUGUUUUACAAGAAGUAGUUGAGAAAGGCGAACUUUUUAAAUUUGUGACUUGGAGUGUUUGUACUUCGAAAGUCAGCUGCGAUGGAGAGGAGCCACGUUGGAAGUAUAUAGCGGGAAUGAACGCACGCGGAGGAACCGAGAGUAAACAAAAAGGAAUUUACAUGUUACAGGAUGGUUCGUUGCGCAUAACGAAAGUUCAAAUGAAAGACGUUACCACAUAUCAGUGCAAAGUGACCCCGCCAAACGGGACUGAUCCAACGGAUCAUAAUAUCACAUUGUUUUUGAAAGAACAAGGUAAGAUUUGUAUCAAUCCUUUUUUUCUUUUUUUCUAAACGAGUGAAGUACUGGCUGCGAUAUGCGACCCCAAAGCUUCUCGGAUUCGUAUGGAGGGACAGCAUGGUCAACAAACAUGGCACACUAUCUGGCAUUAUGAUUCCUGUGUUCCACAUCGCACUAUUAAAUAGUUUGAGAAAUGAUUCCUAAAGACCCUAACUGCACCAAGUACAGUCCGUAUGUCAUCUUCGCUCAGAAUAACUGGAGAGUGUCUUUGACUGGUUGCUUACAGCUGUCCGCCUUGUUUUUUUAGUCCCUCUCCCCGCCUCAACCACCCCUAACACUAGACGAGAACGUUUUCUUCUCAGAUCAGCUCGGCUGAUCUUAUUUCUUAGGCAAGGGCUAGGGUCGUUUAAAAAAUUAUAGAAUCUACUGUCAGAACUACCGCGAUGAGAAAGGUUUUGCUGGCUCAUGAUCAAUUAUCUACAAUAUCUGUGUAUUGCUAGUUAUUUAUCACUAUUAAUAUCUCCUUACCUCUUGAUUUUUUUGAUAGAUUUUCCUGCAGCAAACCAGACUAACAAACAGACAAGAUCAACAACGAGUCCUAAAGCAACAAAAGGUAAUACAUGUACACAAUAUACUCAACAUAUACUCAUAAUUAAAGUAACUUUGAUUUAUUCAUGUUAUUUACAAACCGGUAAAUGGUUCGGCGAUUUUUUUGUACUAUAGAUAUAGCUAUAGGGAGCUGGAAAAGCCUGGGUCCUCAGAAUCUCGCCACUUUUAACUAUUCUCAAACUGAAGAAGACAAGAUGUGUGUGACCUUGGCCCUGCCCACACGUAUUCGCUUGUGUUUAAAAAAGUGAUUUUUUUUCCCUCCCCGUUUGAAAAAAAAAACACUUCUACACGUUGCGUUUUUGUAAAGUCUUAGCCCGUCCAAAAGAAAACGCAAUACUGAUUGAAAUUUUGGUCAGCAACGAUUUUUAAUCUUUUUUUUUUCUCUUUUAUUCCUUAGCUUCUGAAGGAAUCCCCGACUAUGUGUAUGGAAUGGUUGGAAUAAUAGUUAUCCUUGUUUUACUUUUGGCGGCAGCUAUGGUCUACAUAAGGCAUCAAAAACGAAUGCUGAAUGCUCGCUCAAAUGCAUAGAGGGGCUCUGCCACGCGGACAUUAAUGUAGGUCAAUUUUGUGCUAUAAUAGGCAUUGGGCGCGUGCCAUUUCUCAUGUAUAAAGCUCAACAGAAUCGGAGUCAAAAGAUUCAAAAUGCGUCGGUUUUCUUCCAACUAGGCAUAUUCUGUCGUCUAUUUUCUUGUGAAAACCAGAUUGUCAGCAUCAUCACAGGGCGCUGGGGAGUUAUGUUUGACCUUGGUUCAAGUGUUAUUCCAGUAAAGCUUGGAGCGAGAACUGCCUUGCUUACAGCAUAAUACAAAAAAACGUGUCCGAUGGAAAUGUCAUGCGUAUUGGAGAACUUACGCAAGACGAUGAGAAUUAUUGUCGAGAAGAAAAACUUAAAUCCGUUUUAUUCUUCUGAUAUGGCUGCGGUCAUCGCUGUAGGUGGUUUUCGAUAGCACAGAUAUCAGAGACGUUGAACAGAAGCUGAUAAGGCACAAUCCCCAGAGCCUUCGCUACUCUUGAGCAGCGGAACAGGCUUGGCGCUGACCAAAGGGAUCACAGACGAGAUUGCUAUCGUAUGACCAUUAAAGGGUGAUUCGCGCUAUGAAUUUAACGGCGAUCUAGGUCAUGCAUAACACCUCCGCGCUCUCUGAGUCACAAGGAUCUCCCUCCCUUGUACCGUAGGUCAUUACGCAGCCCCCUUACCCAAUAGCUCUGUGGUGGUGAGGUAGUGCUGCGUGAUAAACAAAGUAAAACCCGCUUAGUAAAAUACUAAAAAACACACGCGAAAGAGUAAACCAAUGACAAACAUACACUGUUCAAUUCCACGCUUUGAGACGAGACUGGUUUCAUCUGCUUGAGACGUCUAUAAUCUGCAGCAAGCGACGAAGUCAUAGGUGGGGAUAGCAAACUCUUUUUGCGACUCCGUUGAGUUGAUGAAUAAUCACCAGAUCGUAAGGCUUUAUCUUUGCACCUGAUUUGUGCUUCGACUUCGUGGCUAGUAAGCCAUGCACCCUUUAAACUUCCUCCACUACUUCUUCAGAAUUGAAGAGUAGGAAAAAUCUAAAGUAAUACUGAAUAUAAGCUGAAUCAGUCUCAGCAAACAGGCAUAUUCGAAAUUGAGGUCAAUAACCAAAAAUUCAAGUGUAAUUUACAAGUAUGGCGAUUGUUUUUAACCUCGAAAACAAUUGCUCCACUUGUACUGAUUACAAUUGUAAAAGGUUUAUUGAUUUUUUUCUCCGAUGUUUUAAACAAUGUGCCCAUUGAGAAUUUUUAAUUUGUUUUUGUAUGUAGCUAGGACUGGCCCAUUGACCAGUAUGUGGGUCCAAUUUCAUGGAAUAUAAUUGCUGUAAUCUGGAUGUUACUCGAAACAAUUUUAUCAUUGACUGAGCAAAUAAUGUCAUAACACUUAUUUAUUUUUUGAUUAUUAAGGAAUUUCACCCCCAAAAAAUGUCUUUUGUAAAUGUUUUUUAAGUGUAAAACUUGUAAAUAAUACUCUAUUUAUAUUAGCUGAAGAUAAACGAAAGACAAACGACUGUGAAAGGAGCAAAAGUGAGACAACAUAAGUUUACUUAACAGGUUGAUCAAUCAAUCGUAAUUAAAAUAAAAGGUGUAUAUUUUGAAAAGUCGACAUACUUGGGCUUUCCUUAUUCUUUAUAGUAGACUGAAAAAACUAGUAACUUAAAUUCUCAAAUUAAUUGGUAGUUUGUCUAAAAUUUGUUUUCAUGCUAAUAAAAUAAAGAACAUAUAUCUUUUU